CCCAUCUUUUAGGUUAAGCCAAUGCGCCCUUUCCGCAUCCUCUCUUCGCAUUGAACUCAAGAAUGAUAUAAUCGAUCCUCUGCCAAAGGAUUAUUAUAUACUUCAAUUGGGAAACUGGUCUACCUAGCCUGUUCUGCCAACAGUGCCUAAAUUACACUACCUGUGCCCGACAUGCAAUCCACCUCUGACAGCAACUGGCCCCUGCGAAAACGGGCUCGCAUUGCAUGUCAUUUGUGUCAUGACCGAAAAGUACGAUGCGACACUGCUCUGGUCGGCAUUCCUUGUACCAACUGCCGGCUGGAUCACCACAUCUGCACUGUACGGACCUCGUCCGGAAGACGGCCAAAGAAAAGAAUUCAAGCUCUAGGGUUUACUUUUCCGCCUCCUCCUUCAGCAGCCUUGACAACUUCAGCUCCAAUAGGUGUCGAAACUUUAACAGAGUUACAUCCAUGGGAAGCCUAUAUAGAAGGCGACGACAACAUGUUCUUGCCUACAUCGCCAAAAAACAACCUUUUUUCCAAUAGUCUCUACGGGGAGUAUGGCUGCUCUCCCCAGACCGAAGAGCAGAGGUCUCCAUUUCGACCAUCAACUAUUCCACUAAACAUAGGGGACUUUUCACCCUUCUCUCAAGAACUAACCUUUAAUGCUAGUGUUACGUUUUCUUACUACCCCUUUCUUGAGGUGAAGGAACUGGUAAAGUUAGCCCCAAAUGAUGUAAGAUACUUGGAGUCAAAGGGCUGUUUACACGUUCCUAGUGGCCGUCAUCUCGACCAGUUUAUACGACAUUAUUUCCUUCAUGUCCAUCCUUGCACACCACUCUUAGAUGAAGGACAGUUCUGGGACAUGUAUUCGAACACGCAGGAUGAUAAUAAAGGGACUCAUAGGAUAUCAUUGCUACUAUUCCAAGCAAUGCUCUUUGCUACAGCUACAUUUGUUCCUUUGAAUACAAUACGAGCUUGUGGUUUUCACAAUUACUAUACAGCAAGAGAGAUACUUCAUGAACGAGCAAGGCUACUUUACAACUUUCGUACCGAAAUUCGAUCUGCUCCAAUCGCUCAAGCGUCACUUUUGCUAUCGCUUCGAAGCACCCCUCAUGAUCAGAAAAUCAAUACAUCAUGGUUGUCUACUGCCAUCGAGAAUGCUCGAGCCGAUAACGCACAUCUCUACAAUCGCCUCCCUGGUCUGAGCAGCCAUCAAAUAAGCACCAAGAAACGUCUCUGGUGGUGUUGUGUGCUCCGAGACAGGGUAAUUGCUCUGGGGGUUCGACGACCCCUCCAGAUCACCCCAGCCCAUUUUGAUAAUAGUCAAGAUAUGGUCGCAGAGCAAGACUUUUCGGGGGAGAUGGAGCAAUCCCUUGUCUAUGACGCGGAGACGAAACUUCUUCUGGCAAACAUAUUUAUCGUUCAGUGCCACUUUGCUAUAGCGGUAACCUCAACUAUCAUGACAUUAUAUCCUCCGAACGGAGUUAUAAUCCCAGCAUCACCAACUUCAGCUCAAAUUUCCGAGCUUCGCAUUAAGAUGGAGGAGAGCAGGAAGGACCUAGAGAAAUGGAUGGAAACAUUUAAGGGCCGAUUAACCCUAGGCUCAGGUAAGAGCGCAGCAUUGCACAAUUCAGUGACGCUCUUCGCAGACUUGACAAGUAUUUAUUAUUACACGGCCCAGAUUGCACGCUGUCAGCAUUCUAUGUAUCUUCUAACUGAGUGUCAACCCUUGGCAACGGAAGUUACUCAAGAGCUGAAAACGACACAAGCCGAACUCGAACGUGCCAUUAUCAAUGUUACGGGUAAGGUAACUAACCUAGUGACCUUGUGUCUUGUUGGUUACCUUCCUAUCAGCCUAGUUGCAUACACGGCACUCCCUCUAGCGCUACUAUCCCUUGACGUGAGGUUGUCGUCAACGGAGUCAGAAAAGGCGAACCGACAGCAGCGACUCAGUGUAUAUCAAGAGACCAUGAAACAAUGUGGCCAUCGCUUUGAUUUUGUGGGUAUUGUUUCUGGUAUCAUAACCAAGCUUCUACAACAGGUGGACUUCGAAGAGAGUUCCGCCUUUCAUUCAAUCAAUACUGCUUCUUCCAAUGCAAGCCUGCCAGUAUUAAGAACUCCGUCUGCUUUUCCAAAGAGCUGGACUGAAUUUGUCAAUACACAACCAAAUCUUUACUUUAGGCUCUCUGCUUCCCUAGACUACGCGCUAUCCACGGGCAAAUACCCGUCUGAAGGCGAACUUCCAGGAUGGAUCGUUAAUCCAUCUCGGCCACGAAAGCCAACUCAGUCUAUGGAAUUCCCGAGCUUGUCUAAUUGUGUCUCUACUGUGGUUCCUGGAGAUUCUUUCAUGCGAGAAAGACCGUGCAACUUAUCACAGCAAUUCCGUCAAGAUAAUUCCAUGUUCAUCUCAUCUGACACCUCACGUCGAGGAUAUAACGAUGAAACUGAUACUUUUGACAGAGCAACGAUUGAACUCUGGGAUUCCACGGAGACGGGCUUCCCAUCUAACGAAUUAAGUGGGAUAUCCCAGCACAUCAGAGAAGAUGACAGUGAGAGUCCAUUCAGUUCUAAUAUUGUUUCGGAACUUUUUGAUUUACCGGCAAUAGGAGGAUGAAUGAGUCUUCAACUCUACAGUUCUGCUUCUUGCCAAACGAAACACAACAGAGGGAUCGGGAUAUGGUAUAGCUCUACACAAAGCCACACAGGGGAUGUAGAAUAUGCAUGCGAGGGUGGCGUAUUGGCUUUAGGCAGAUAAGAUAGUUGCAUUAAAGGAAGUGCAAGUAUAUAUUCUGUAUAAUUCUACAAUUGAUAAACAUCAUUAAAG